UAUAUGUUGUUUUGAAAUUUGAAUACAAAUUUUCCAAAAUGACAAAUAAAUUUCAAUAGGACAUCAAACAAAAUUAUGACUCUCUUAUUACAUCCUAAUGUAGUAUAAACCAUCAUUAUGAUAGGAUAAAUAUUUAGAAGACACGAUGACAAAUAAUAAUUAUGUAGAUACGAUUAUUUGUACAAUUUUUGUGGUCAGUGCAGCUUUUUUAUAUAUAUUAAACCACUUCUUAAGUUCAUCAAUUCAUUCAACUCAGAAUUUUGAGGAAUAUGAAUGGAUAAAAGAUGCCAUUACGAAUACACUUGGAUAUUCCACUUUAUUUUUUCCGGGUUACAUAGUCUAUAAAUAUAUUAAAAAAAUAAAUUACCUCAAUAGAAGCGGAAACGGAUAUUUUCCAAAAAUAAUUCGUUUAUGUUUUGAUGAAGAUGAAACAAUUACUCCAAGCCCAAAUAUCACCACCCCAUAUUCAGUAUUGGGAGAAACUUUUUUAUUAAUAUUCUAUUUUUUUGGUCUUCAAAUAUCUUAUUUAUCAUGGGGUAUUCUACAAGAAAAAGUCAUGACACAAAAAUAUGUUAGUUCUUCAGGAGAAAUUGAGUUCUUCAAAGAUUCCCAAUUUUUGGUUUUUGUGAAUAGAGUCUUGGCAUUUACAAUAUCGGGAAUAAUAUUGCUAUGCAGGAGACAACCAAGACAUAAAUGUCCUCUAUACAAAUAUAUUUUUUGUUCCUUCUCAAAUAUUAUGAGUUCGUGGUGCCAAUAUGAAGCUUUGAAAUUUGUCUCUUUCCCUCAUCAGGUUUUAGCUAAGGCUGCCAAAGUGAUUCCAGUGAUGCUAAUGGGCAAAAUUGUAUCCAAAACAAAAUAUGAGUUCUAUGAAUAUGUUACAGCCUCAAUACUUUCAAUAGGAAUGCUUUUCUUCAUGUUGGAUUCUGGAAAUGAUAGAGCAAAAUCAGCAGUUACAACACUUUCUGGGGUGUUUCUUUUAUGUUCCUAUAUAGUAUUUGAUAGUUUUACAUCAAAUUGGCAAGGAGCACUUUUCAAAAAAUAUUCAAUGAGACCUGUCCAAAUGAUGUGUUACGUAAAUUUCUUCUCUUGCAUUUUUACAGCGGGUUCCUUGUUCCAACAAGGUAAUUUUCUCACAUCCUGUAAUUUUAUGUUAAAACAUCCCUCUUUUAUAGUUGAUUGUGUGAUCUUAUCAGCAUGCUCUGCAAGUGGUCAGUUAUUUAUUUAUAGUACCUUAUCGGUAUUCGGACCUUUAGUUUUUGCAAUAAUUACAACAAUACGACAAGGGUUUUCGGUAUUAUUGAGCUGUAUCAUAUAUAAUCAUGAGGUCAAUGCUUUAGGUAUUUUUGGGUUAUUUUUGGUUUUUUUCAGUGUAUUAUUACGAAUUUAUUGUAAUCACCGACUGAAAACGGUUAGAAAAUUACAAAGUGAAAAUGUGAAGUUGCAAAGAAUUUAAGAUGAAAUUCAUUUAGGGGUCUUCAAAAAUGAUGUACUUAAAAAUUUAUUUAUUUUAACUUCAUCGUUAUAGAGUGCAAUUUAUCCAUUCUAUAUAUUCUUCAUAUAUUUCACAACAGGAUUCCAGAAGGGGCAUGUAAAUAUUUUAUGAGGUGGACGUAGUAGGUAUGAGCAUUUUUAAACUCUUUUAUUCAUUAUUUUGUGACAAUAUAUUGCAUGCCCAAUUGGCCAAAAUAUCAUUAAAAUAAUAUUAAUCAUUUUAAUUUACAUUUAAAAUGAUCUAUUAUUUUUAAUUUGGAUUUUACUCAAUUAUAUUAUGUGGGCAUUCCUCUACUACUAGAUUUCAAUUAUUAUGACCCGCAGAAUAAAAAGAAAAGCAAUAAUUAUAACUAUAAUUAGGAGCUACAAUCUGAAAUUUACACUUUUAUAAAGUGUAAUAUGUAAUUAGUAAUAAAUCAAUUUGAAUGAUAUGCAAUAGUUUGCAAUGCAUUUCACUUAUCAAUUUUGACAAGAAGGUAUAAAUAUAUAUUUCUUUAUACAAUUUUAGGCUUAAGGAUCCAAUUUUAUUAAUUAAAAAAUUCAAACUGUU